AUGGCAGCACCACCACUCAAGUACACGUUGCUACGUGAAGCAUGCUACUACGAUAGCAUGUAUCAUCUGUUUCACCGCCUCGGCAUCCAAUCGAAUUUUGUCAUUGCAGCCAAGUAUGCACACAUAGAUGGUUCUAGUCGCAGCCUCUCGAGACCGGUUGUCCUCGCUGCACUGCGGAAGGUGGUAGAGGCACACGCACGGCUCCGUGUCGUGUGUGUUCUCCGCCCGUCACCAAGGGUGGGAAACCACCGCAUGCACGAAGCCAUGAUCAACACCUUCAAUCUCGACCAAUGUGUUGAGUUUAUCCCAGACGAUGGACUAGGGGUAAACUCCGAGCUGCUCGAGAAGAUUCAUAACCAGUGGUUGUGGACAGACGAGGAGCCAACGCGUCCUUGGUGGAAGAUCAUCGUGAAGGGAAAUCAAGUGGUGCUCAUCAUGCACCAUGCUGUGGGAGAUGGUAAAUCCGGGGAAACAAUCCACAGUGACUUCAUGAACGCCCUUAACUCUAUAAAAGAGCCUGUCGGAGAAGUAACCGAGGACGACAAAUUGAUCCAUGGCGACCCAUCCACGCUCGUGUUCCCGCUUGAGCCGACGAGCACCUCAGAUGCCAAAACCUCCAUGGUUGAAGCUGUAUGGAUACAAAUCAGAUUCCUCCUAAUGGCCUUAUUCCUCGGCGGUCGAAUACUAUUCAGUACACUGCCUCGUGCAAAGCCCUGGAUUAGAUCCGCCACGACGAUUGCAGAACCCGCCCAGCGUACGGUGACCCGAGUCGCCUCGUACCGCAUUGAAGCAUCUCGAAUGUCGAGAAUCCUCAGCGCGUGCCGUGAUAAUCAGACGACUUUUACGGCCCUUCUUUCGUCUAUGGUGCUUGAUACGCUUACCAAUGACUUUUACCCGAGAGCAAUAAUGGGCUGCUCACAGUUCGUGUGCGAUAUCCGUCAGUUUCUGCCCAUGUCAAAAAUCGGAGGCGGUACCAAAGCCGGCACGGUCAUCAACGCGACGGGCGGUGUCCAGUUCCAGCAUUGGCUUGCACCAUAUCGACGGGCCGCAGUCAGGGCUGGCUCCUCCGUGCAGACCAAAAAGGCUGCGUGGGAUCUCGUGAGGGCAUACAAAGCCACCAUGAACCAGUCUCUGCAAGGGGGAGGGGGGUUUAUGGUGAGGCUAUGGAAAUACACCUCAUCACUUGGACCUGACCUGGAGUACAUUGUGAAAUUUGCCUUUCCCGGAGUAGCAGUUGCCUUAGUAAACACGUUCAGCAUUUCAAACAUGGGCGCAUAUACAACUGUACCUAUGGGAGAUCAUAACGGCUUUUCUUCAGAGAAGACACCAAAGUGGUCGAUCGUGGAUAUGCAGUUCUCAGCGUGCUGUACAAACGGGACCAUUGGCCAAAAAGGGUUGAAGUUCAGUGUCGCUGGCAUCAAAGGCGGCGAUAUCAUUGUUAACGUGUCCUUUGAGGAUGGUAUUGUACCGCGCGAAAUGGCAGAAGAAGUGCUUCGAGGUAUUACGUCAAGAAUGGAAAUUCUCGCGACACCGGAGGAGAAGAUAUAA